GGCUGAGAGAUGCCAUGGAGGUUGGACGUAUUCUAGGUACAUAUAAAGGUCUCAGUUUAUGUAAAACAGAAUUUAUGCAGGUUAAAACUUUAAUGCCCUCGAUAGAGCGGGCAAAUAGCAAAAGAACCUCAGGUUACCUUUGUGGUAUAUGUUUCGUAAAUUGCACUGACCAUGAAACUAUAUCAUCAUCAUGUCAAAUGAUAAUGAAAGGCGUGACAGUGAUGAAUGCGGACAACUUCCUUCCGGUUUGUACAUUUAGAGAGUAAAAUAUCCGUUACUCAUUACAAUAAUGGAAGCUUGGAUGGAGUAGUUGAGCUCUUUUCUGAGUCCAAAUAGGUGUGUAAAUAGAACUAAAAAUCUAAAGGUCAUCUUAAAAUUUAUUGACCUUCAGAAGGGAAUAAGAGUGAGAAAAUGCUUGUUCAUGCCAAACAAACCAUGUUCCUUGUCAUACUAUGUUAUUUAACAAUAAAACUCACGUCUGUCAGUUCUGAUUCCCAAUGUUCCAAGGUCACAGCGUCUCGGACACCAAAAUAUCAUUUGAUGGAGAAGUGCUACCGGUCUAGUCUCGGUAUGAUCGCAAAAGCGAACUACACAUCGCUUACGAGCUGCCAACGUCUUGGCAUCGAGAAGAAGGGCCUGUCAAUAAAUUUUAGCCCUCCUGAAGCCAGGGACGACGGGAAUAUGGCAACUGAAUACACUUGCGAGGUCCUGAGAUGCGCGGAAGCUGAUGGUGGAUUAUCCCUAGUUAACGAUUCGAGAUACGACCACUACAGUAUUUAUGCAAAGCCUAUCCCUCACGUUAACUCAACGUGUGUCCCAGCCAUAGGGAUGUUCUUCAUAUUUACAAAGAGGAUGAAUUACAGUAAUGGGUUACGAGAGUGUAAAAAUUUAAGUGGAAUACCAGCUGACGUCACCACUGAACAGCGGACUGAGUCACUGGCACAGUUGCUGGCUGGAGCCAGCAUAGAGACCGCAUUCGUAGGGUUGAAGAGCAAGAAUGGCAGUGUAUUUGUGAGCAGUUCUGGAGAUGGUCUUGACUGUUCAACAUAUCGAGCUUGGGCACCUGGAUUUCCAAAAAGACUACGCAAAAAAUAUGAUUGCGUGAUUAUAACAAGGGAAAGGACAUGGAAGUCCGCACCAUGUAAAAAUAAUUAUCCAAUGCUUUGUGAACUAAUCCCAGGAGGGCCAUACAAGAAAGGUUCAAUAUUUACAUCAAGAAAUAAAAAAGAAAACGGUUGGUAUGCUUACAGCCGCUUACAGCACAAGAUCGUAUUUCAAGAUCGUAGCCAUUUUGAUACAACAUGAUAUAUUUUAAUAAAUAUUAUUAAUAUUUCGUUUCAGAAACAACUUCAGAAAGCGAUGAAGAUUAAUAUAAAUGGUAGCAACGCC